AUGACGGGCAAGAAACGAAAGCAGAGCAAUCGAAAGAGUAUGGAGAAGAAAGAGCGAAUGAAGAAGAUGACGAUCGUGCAAGAACGAAAUUAUAAGAUGCAGCAGGAGAUGCAGGAGAUCAAUUCAAAGACAGCACACGAUGGUGGACCAGUUGAACCGGAAGAUGCUGUUUCUACGGUUAACUGUGCGACUUUGGGAAUACUUAGUGAUGAAUUAUUGCAAGAAUUGGGUGGACAAGAUACUGGUGGGAUGCUCGUGCUUCCUGGUCGUCGUAAAAAGAAGCAGAAGACGGAAAAAAUACCAGAGGAACUGCUGCAACAAGCAGAACGCAUGAGCAAGAGCAAACGAAAGAAGAUGGAGGCAAUUGCUGCUAGAAAAUUAAAAGAAUCAAGACGUGUGGAUUUGUAUAAAUCACUCGAGACGCAACAGCUUACAAAGGAUCAGAUGAAGCUUUUAUACAGCACAUCGCAAAUGGGCCACAAAGAGACAUUACGAGAGCGUCUUAAACGAUCACUGAACCGACAAAAGGCUGGUAUUAGAAUCAGUGAGGAUGCACUGAAUGAGCUACUGAAGAAGAAGGACAGGAGUGAAGGAGAGGAGAACGAGCAAGGAAAAGAUGAGGAGGAGGAGGAGGAGAAGAUGAAGAAGGUGAAGGUGAAAGAACAGGUGCAGAGCGAGAAGAGAACUGCAGUGCUAUCAAAGGAAAAGACAGAUGAGGUGACGGCUACGUUGUCUGUUGGUAAGGGUGAUGAGACUGCGACCAAUGAGCAAUUUAGUGAAGAGAAGGGUGGUAAGGAGAAGCGCCGCACGAGAAAAGCAGUAGUAGCUUGUCGCUCUGUCCCAAUGCUGCCGACGCAAGGAGUCGACGAAUCUAAUGACAGCAAUGCUGCAGCUUCUGAUGUGACAGUUCAGCAGAUGGUAGUCGGAGAUAAAGAAAAUGAUAAGGAGACCAAACCUGCUAGUUCACAGAGCGUAGCUAUGACUAAAUUAGAAAUUUUACGCAAGAAGAACGAGGAAAAACGCCGGCAAAAGGAAUUGACCGCAGUGCGUGAAGGUGGAACUGCUUUGAACAAAGAAGAGUCAACAAUGGAUGUUGCGAAUGCGUAUGUGCCGAAGCCAAUCGUGAUGAAAACCGCAGAGGAACGGCGCGAGUUGAGUAAGACGACGAAGAUGUCAUACAAGACCACUCUUGUUACGUUGUCGCGAAAGCCCAAGAUCCAAAUGGCACGUAUGCAGCUUCCCGUGUGCAGCUCCGAGCAGGAAAUUAUGGAGGCCAUCACUGAGAACGAUGUGGUUAUUCUGUGUGGUGAGACGGGGAGCGGCAAAACCACACAGGUGCCACAAUUUUUGUAUGAAGCUGGUUAUGGUCACCCAGAUCAUCCGACCAACAGCGGUCGUAUUGGUGUCACGCAGCCACGUCGUGUCGCUGCCGUCUCCACUGCCAAGCGUGUGGCCGAAGAGCUUAAUGUGCCCUUUGGUGCACGUAAGGGUCAUGUUGGCUACCAAAUUCGAUAUGAUGCCGAACAUAUGAGUGAGCACACGCGGAUUAAGUUUAUGACGGAUGGUAUUCUGCUAAAAGAGAUUCAACAGGACUUUUUGCUGCGUCAGUAUUCGAUUCUUCUUUUGGAUGAGGCUCACGAGCGCAACGUGAACACUGAUAUUUUGAUUGGUCUAUUGUCGCGCAUUGCUCCGCUGCGAGCUCAAAUGUCGCGAGAGGAGGAAGAAGAGUACAAUUUGCUGUCGAAAGAGGAGAAGGAGAUUGCUGAGAAGCCUAUUAAGCCCCUCAAACUUGUUAUUAUGUCAGCAACUCUGCGCGUGGAGGACUUUACGCAAAACCAUCGGUUAUUCCCGACUCCACCGCCUGUGCUUCGAGUAGAUGCUCGUCAGUACCCUGUGACAAUUCAUUUUAACAAGCGUACGGAACUCGAUAACUACGUGGGCGAGGCUUACAAGAAAAUAGUCAAAAUCCAUAAGAAGCUGCCUGAGGGUGGUGUACUGGUAUUUCUCACAGGCCAGCGGGAGAUCUUGCAGCUAUGUCGCAAACUCAGUCGUUCGUACUCGGUUGCUGCACGAGAUAAAAAGGCUGCUGCUCUGAAGAGUAGCCAAGCAUUCCGUGUGCAACGUAAACAAGAAAACACGGUAAGUAAGGAGGACUACCUUCUUCAAGAACACGACGACAUCGAAGAAGAGGCUGAUAUGGAAGACACUCAGGUAUACGGUAAUGAAGUUGAUGAUGAAGAUGUCGCGUAUGAACUGGAAGACGAAGUGGAGGUGUCUGACAAAGAAGAUAACGAAGAUGAAGACAUGAAAAAUGACCUGGCAGUACCGUACAUGCAUGUGCUUCCGUUGUACUCUCUGCUUCCCAACGAUGAGCAAAUGAAAGUAUUUGAUACGCCACCGGAGAACCACCGGCUGAUUGUUGUUGCCACUAACGUGGCAGAGACGUCAUUGACCAUUCCUGGUAUCAAGUAUGUGGUAGACGCUGGGCGUACUAAGGAGCGUGUCUUCGAUCUUGCCAGUGGCAUUUCUUCGUUUGAUGUUCAGUGGAUUUCGAAGGCCAGCGCUGAUCAGCGCGCUGGCCGUGCAGGCCGUACUGGUCCGGGUCACUGUUACCGUUUGUAUUCAUCCGCAGUCUAUAACACAGAGUUCCAGAAGUUCUCAUCACCGGAAAUUCUUUGUCAACCAAUUGAUGAUUUGGUGCUUCAGAUGAAGGCCAUGGACAUUCGCAACGUUCUGCAGUUCCCGUUUCCAACACCUCCAGACCGGCAAGCCGUGAAAAAUGCGCUUGCGACGUUGGUGAAUUUGGGUGCUGUUUCCCCACGUGACGAUGAGUCUAUUACUGGGCUAGGUCGUGCGCUUGUGAAGUUUCCAGUCGCCGCGCGGUUUGCAAAGAUGCUGCUCCUUGCGCAGAAGUUGAACCUUGUGGAGUAUACGAUUGCGAUCGUUGCCGGUCUUUCAGGCCACUCGCCGUUCAUUCAGGCUUUGGAUCGUCGCGAAAAGGAGAGACAUGCAAAAGAUGAAAAUGUUGGCGACGAAAUGAAGAGUGAGGUUGAGGAAAUGGAGAAGGAUUGGCGAGAGGCCGAGGAAAUGCGUAGACACGCGCAGUGGGUCGAUCAAGAAAGUGACGUACUGAGCUUACUGCGUGCUGCUGGUGCCUAUGCAUAUACUGGUGGCAGCAGACAGUUUUGCAAGGAUAAUCACCUGCAUGAGAAGACGAUGCAGAAUAUGCUGAAACUGCGACAGCAAUUGACACGGAUUGUGAACAAGCUUUACACGGAAAAAGAGGGUUUUACAGCUGUCGUGGUGAAGCCCAAGAUGCCGCCUCCCGACCAUGAGACGCAGAAUGUUCUUCGGCAAAUCGUGGCCGCUGGGUUCUUGGACCAAGUAGCAAAGCGUGUGCCGGCUGGCACUAUUACGGAAGGCACGAAGAUUGAGCGGAACUGCGCUUACGUUACUGCAACUGGUAAUGUGCGGGAACCUGUGUACAUCCACCCACACUCGUGUGUGUUCACGCCAAACCCGACAAAACUGCCGGAGUAUGUCGUGUACCAACACAUUAUGCGUACUACGCGUGCAUAUAUGAAGAUGGUCACUGCUAUUGAACCGCAGUGGCUUGCAGGUAUUGGCAAAGACACACCACUGUGUAAAUACGCGCCGCCGCUCGCGGAGCCUGCACCGUUUUACCACACUGAAUCGGACGAGGUUCGAUGUUACGCAAAAGCUCAAUAUGGUAUUCACCAGUGGCUACUACCGGCGAUGCAAAUAACGUACCCGGACGAAGCUGGAUCGGACGUUUUGGCAACUAAGUACCGAUGGUUUGCCAAGUUUUUGCUGGAUGGCCAGGUCAUCAGCAGUCUCUUACCGUUUUCGACCACUUUGAAGGAGUCAAGCCAAACGUUGAUUCGUAAGAAGUUUGACAAGAAGAUUCAAUUACUGGUUGCAACACUGCAACGGAAUGGCGUCGCAUCACGUCAAGCACUUGUUGCUAAAUGGAGUACAUUGAAUGGUAAGUUUUUCCUCAAGACAGAGCUGCAAAAUUGGAUUCAAGAUACCCAUCAACGUGUUUUCAAUCAAGCAUGGGAUUCUAUUGUCAAGACAGCAGUACAGAAUGAAAAGAAGAAGAGUGGCAAGCUCGUGCAGUAA